AUGGCAGUUGAAUAUAAGAAUCUCACAGAAUGUUCCCGCUUUAAGGCUUUGCAAAAGUGCAAUAUGUUUUCUUUUGAACAUUUCAGCGAGGAACGUAUACGAAAGUACAAUGUGAAAGGUGCUGAAUAUCAAUAUAACUACGCAGCAAAGCAGGUUGAUGAUAGUAUUCUAUCCUUAUUAUUCGAAUUGGCACAAGAACAGCAGGUAAAGGAAAAGUUUACGAAACUUGCAAAUGGUGAAACAAUGAAUACGGGCGAAAAGCGCAUGGUCUUGCAUCACGCACUUCGCGGUCAGCUUGAUACUGCAGUGGUACAGGACGGAAGAGAUUACCAUGCUUUUUACCGAGAAGAGCGAGAGCGCUGUGCUGAUUUUGCUGAGAAAGUGCAUAGCGAGCAGAUAACAGGGAGUACUGGGAAACCCUUCCGUACGUUCAUUCAGAUAGGGAUAGGGGGUUCAGAUCUAGGCCCCAGAGCUAUAUACCUAGCUCUUAAGCCCUAUGUAGACAGCAUUGAAGGCAAUGCCACAAGAAGAAAAGUCGGAUUUAUCAGUAAUGUAGACCCCGAUGAUGCUGCUGUUCAAUUAGCAGAUGCCGAUCCAGAGCACACUCUGUUUAUUUUAGUAUCAAAAAGCGGGACGACACAAGAAACCCUCACCAAUGCAGCGUUAGCAUUGGAUUGGCUUAGCAGAGGGGGUAUUCGUGAUCCAAAAAAACACAUGGUCUGUGUAACUUCAGAAAGUAGCCCGCUUGCUCAAUCGAGUGAAUAUCUAGAUUCUUUUUUUAUUGACGAUUAUAUAGGAGGUCGCUAUUCGGUAAGCAGCGCAGUGGGCCUUUGCAUACUGUUUCUAGCCUUUGGAAAAGAAGUUCCUAGUCAAUUUUUAGAUGGCAUGCAUGCAGCGGAUGCUCUUAUAUACAAGGCAGGGGUAGAGAGUAACCCUGCUCUUAUCGAUGCCUUAAUAGGUGUCUACGAAAGAAACAUUCUAGGCUACCCCUACACGGCAGUGCUUCCUUACAGCCAGGCAUUGCACCGCUUUCCGGCACAUUUACAGCAGUUAGAUAUGGAAAGCAAUGGCAAGCAGAGCAACAGAAGUGGAGCCGCUCUCAAUUACAGUACGGGCCCGGUUAUUUUUGGAGAACCUGGUACCAAUGGACAGCACAGUUUUUAUCAGCUCCUCCAUCAGGGUACAGAUAUAGUGCCACUGCAAUUCAUAGCCUUUGCGCAAUCCCAAAUAGGCAGAGAUAUAGAAUACGCAUCAUCUACAAGUCAAAAAAAAUUACUUGCAAAUCUUGCCGCACAAAUUAUUGCAUUUACCAUGGGAAAGGCAAGUGAAAAUCCUCACAAGGUAUUUAAGGGAGGAAGGCCCGCAAGUGUUCUUUAUGCAAAAAAAUUGCUACCAUCUGUACUUGGUGCCUUGCUGUCUCAUUUUGAGAAUAAAGUGAUGUUUCAGGGCUUUCUGUGGAAUAUUAAUUCUUUUGAUCAGGAAGGGGUGCAACUAGGGAAGGUGCUUACAGAUACAGUACUCAAUAAUCAAGCAUCUCCCCUCCUACGUAGCAUGGCCGAUCUUCUCUUUGAGGGCUAG